UACGGAGGAGGAAAUAGCUGAUUUGGACUCUUAACGUCUUUGCGUUUCUAAAUUAUAAACUUGGUAGCUAAAUGUUUAUUUGAAGUUAAAAUGAAAGCAACAUACGCAACCUAUUUCGUAUAUUAUGUGUUGAUAUCGAGUGGUUUUGUGAAUGCGUUCGAACCAAUCUCAACCACAUUUGUGGUCGGUGCGGGAGUUGGUUUAGCAGCAGUGGGGCGGAAAAUUUACAAUUAUGUAUAUGAGAGUUGCAAUUCAAAAUGGAUUGCUUUUAAUUCAACAGGUUUGGAAGUGGCCCUAGAUCAGAAGCUGUUUGGUCAACAUGUUGCCUCCAGAGUCGUCCAGAAAGCUGUAACGGGUUUCAUGAACGAUAAAAACCCUAUAAAGCCCCUGGUGCUCUCUCUACAUGGCUGGAGUGGCACAGGGAAGAACUUAGUCAGCCAGUUGAUAGCUGAAAACAUCUACAAGAAGGGCAUGGCCAGCAAGUUUGUCCAUCUGUUUGUGACUUCUACUCACUUACUUCAUUCGAGUCAGCUUGAGAACUACAAGUCUCAGCUGCAGCAGUGGAUCAAAGGCAACGUCACCAACUGCCCACGUUCCAUGUUCAUCUUUGACGGGAUGCACCCUGGCCUAAUUGACUGUAUAAAGCCCUACCUGGGUUACUACGAAUAUCUGAAUGGGGUCUCAUACCGCCAAGCCAUCUUCAUCUUCCUCAGCAACACUGGAGUACAGCACAUAACACAGGUGGCCCUGGACUUCCGGAAAGCAGGUCGAGACCGAGAGGAGAUAAAGUUGCAUGACUUAGAACCAGCUCUCUCCCUGUCCUUGUUCAACAACAAGAAGAGUGGGUUGUGGCCCUCGAGUCUGAUGGACAGGAACCUAGUUGACUCCAUUGUCCCCUUCCUGCCUCUGGAGUACAGACACGUGCUGCUGUGUGUCAUGGCAGAUAUGUCUGCCAAGGGCCUGGAGCCCAACCAGGAUGUGGUCGACAAGAUGGCCAGAGACAUGGUCUAUUUCCCCAAGAGCGAGAAUAUCUUCUCCGUCAAGGGCUGCAAGACCAUCAACGCAAGGCUAGAUUACUUCACAUAGUGCAUGUUUGAGGCCAACUACGUUGCUGCCGGCGGCUGCAGACUGACCGAUCUAAUCAUAAUGAGUAGUAAUUUAGGAAGAAAGGUGGUUUGUAGGUCUGAUCAGUCGGUCUGCAGUUGCUGACGGUAAUGUAGACGAUCUCAGAGGGAACAGCUACUGUAUCUAUCUACCUCUUACUCUACUGUGUGCUCUUUCUUAAUGAGAACAUCUCCGCCAGUUGGAGUGAGGAAGUCCGUGACUGAUGACCCGCCCCUCAGGCCUCUCACCGUCAACACAACCAUGGAGAACAUCAACGGUCUUGUUCUGAUGGUGUCACUUCUCCCUGAAGAUGGAUUACUGAGAGGGAGGAGGGUGGAUUUAAGAAGAGAUACAAAAAUAUAUUUAAAACACUGAGGGUAAACGCUAUUCUUUUUAACCAAUCAAGGUGCUUGUUCCUGAUUUGUUUAUUCUGUAAAUGAUUAUCUCCAAAUAAUGAUUUCCUUUUUCAUGGAAUUCUGCUGCAC